AUGGAGAGAGCUGCUGUGUUUUUGUCUGGAAUUGCCCAGGCUGUGCAGAUGUGUGAUGAAUGUUUUAAAGGAAGCUGGGCUACUCACAAGUUAUUACACAAGAAAGCAAAAGAUGAAAAAGCUAAACGUGAGGUUUCCUCUUGGACCUUGGAAGGUGAUAUUAACACAAACCCCUGGUCUGGUUAUCGAUAUACGGGUAAACUCAGACCGCAUUAUCCACUGACGCCAACAAGGCCUGUGCCAAGCUAUAUUCAGAGACCGGAUUAUGCCGAUCACCCGCUAGGAAUGUCUGAAUCAGAACAGGCUUUAAAAGGAACCUCUCAAAUAAAAAUCCUCUCAUCUGAGGAUAUAGAAGGGAUGCGGGUAGUUUGUAGGCUUGCUAGAGAAGUAUUGGAUGUUGCUGCCAUGAUGGUGAAAGCAGGUGUAACUACUGAAGAAAUUGAUCAUGCUGUCCACUUA